UAAAUGUGUUAAAUCUAAAAGAAAUGAUUAAUUAAAUAAUAAUAUUUUUAAAUGAUAUAAAGUGAUUGUUGGAGUAAAAGUUAUAAAUAAUAAAAAAUAAAAAACAUUGUUAUAAAUAUAAGAUAAUGACAGUUUUAAGAAUGACAAGCUCACCAAUGACGUCUCCGUCAACGAGUCCGAGCUCACCUGAGCAUGCUCAGGCACUUGAACAGGCAUCAUCUAGGUCAUCCUCAUCGUCGACACGACAACCAUUGAGUUUUUCGGUAGCAGCCCUUCUCGCAGAUACUAAAAAAACAAACAACAGACAACUACAAUUAGUAUUUGAUGAAAAGGAAAAAGAUAAAAAAGAAGGGGUAGUGGAAAUGAACCAAUCAACCCCUCAACAGCAAUUGUCGGUGUCAGAUAUGUUUAUGGUUGGUUCUCAGUCACCGAUAAGCUCAUCUCACGAGGAACGACAAUCGAGAUGUUCUGAAUUGGAUAUGGAGGAGGAUGAUGAUGAUGAAGGGUGUUUGGUAGACGUUGAAGAUUUGGAGCAGCAAAAAUCUAAAAGCCCAACGCCGGUAAGACCGAUGCCGGCUUACGUUACCGGGUUUUCGACACUCGGAUCAAUACUCGGAUUACCAGCUAGUCUUCAUCCAUCUGUUUGGGGUACUACCGGACAAACUAGUCAUCACAGAUCUGUUGCUGCGACAGUUGCUGCUGCUGCUGCUGCUGCCAGCUAUUUUCCAUCACAUUUUUCUCAUCAUGCACCUCUCAAUGAGCAUGGAGAACCAGCCAAAAUAAAGUGUAAUCUUAGAAAGCACAAACCUAACCGUAAACCACGGACACCGUUUACGACCCAACAAUUGCUUGCUUUGGAAAAAAAAUUUCGGGAAAGGCAGUAUCUCAGUGUUGCUGAAAGGGCUGAAUUUUCAUCCUCUCUCCACCUAACUGAAACUCAGGUAAAAAUUUGGUUUCAAAAUCGACGGGCCAAGGCAAAGCGAUUACAAGAGGCUGAAAUAGAAAAAUUGCGUAUGUCAGCAGUAAGACAACAUCAUAAUUCUCUGUACGGUGGACAUCACGGACUUCUUGGCCCAGCAGCAGCACUAUAUCCCGUCGGCAUGUUGUCUCAUCCUGCUGUUGGUAUUUCACCUCACCAUACUGUUUCGCCCCAUUCGGCCAGAGAAUAAACUAUUUCAUUAUUUUAAAUUAUUAUUAUUAUUAUUAUAAAAAUAAUAAUAACAAUAACAAUAAUAAUAAUAACCAUAAUAAUAAUAAUAACACAAGACACAUUCGUUCACACGAUGCACUCUGUUUAUCAUUCAGACAAUAAAAUUCUAUCCACUUU